AUGGCGACUCUUGCGGAGAAACUGGACAAGAUCAGGGCUCCGAAUCUCGAGAGCCAACGAGCGACUCGGGUUGUUCUUGCGGCCAUAGAUGAAACUCUCAAAGAACAAAAACAAGAACCGACGGCUGCUGGCUACUUUGCAGUUCUUCUCAGCCUCCUUGGCCGUGCAGCCUCAGGCGAGACUAUCGCCGAAGACCGUGCCAUCUCUCUCGUCUACCUCCUCGACAUUGUUGCACCAUUUGUCGCGCAGCCUCUUCUCCGCGCAAAGUUCACCACCAUCUUCACACAAAUCGCUCCGGCGCUCGCCCGACAAGAUGCGCCGGCUCCACUCCUUCGGCCGUCCAUCGGCUGCCUCGAGACCCUGCUGCUAGCUCAGGAUUCUGCGUCAUGGAACAUGACGGUGACCCAGAUCAGCCCGCGAAGGGCGGUGGCUGGGCUGUUGAACCUCGCCCUGGACCACCGGCCAAAGAUCCGGAAGCGAGCGCAGGACAGCCUGCGAACCAUACUCAAGAACCCACCUCCGAGUCCAUCACUAGACCACCCGGCGGCAGACAUGUGUGCCGAGUUUGUCAUGACGAGCCUGAAGGAAAAGACGGCAGCAUCGCGGGGCGAGAAGAAGGCAGCACAGUCCGCGCAUGACCCGGAUCUAAUCCAUGCGCUGCAACUCACCAGGUCGAUUGCGUCUGCCUGUGGUGGUUGGCCCAGCAAGAAGAUCGAGCCCCUGUGCGAGUUGCUGCUGGGAAUCGCGAGGAGUGGAAAUGACCACCUGACCAUGGCUGUCUUUGACGUGUUUGAGAUGAUUUUUGAGGGCAUGGCGGACGAGGUUGCGCGCGCAAAGAUGCCGCGACUCUUGGAGAUCAUUACCGAGCUGCACCCGUCGGCUAACGACACCCAGCUACUGCCCCCGUGGAUUGCUAUUCUCUCCAGAGCGUACGAUGUGUCUGCGCAGAUGGAGCCGGCCGAGACGUUCCAGGCUCUGCCCGAGGUUUUUGCCUCUACUGCUCAGUACCUGGACUCGCAUUCGGAGAAUAUCCGGACCUCAGCAUCCGAAUGCCUGGUCUCAUUCCUGGCAAACUGCAUUCCGUCCGAGGUCAUUCUGGAGCCCUCGAUAUAUGACGAAAAAGUUCUGGAAAAAUUAGCCAAUACGGUGGAGGGCCUUCUCAGUGUCAAGUACCAAGCAGCAUGGCCACAGACGUUUACGGUGAUUGGAGCCAUGUUCGACUCGCUGAGAUGGAGGACUAACCCGCUUCUCGUCAAUGUCGUGAAAGUGGUUGGAGACCUUCGAAGCAGCGACGCCUUCUUGGGUAAAAAGGAGGCCGACGAGCUGCUGGGCAAGGCUAUCAGGGCCAUGGGCCCGGAAGCUGUUCUGGGUGCGUUGCCCUUGAAUCUGGCCCGGCCAAGCAAGGACCAGCCUGGGCGCGUUUGGCUGCUCCCCCUCCUGCGUGACUACACAACAAACACGGAUCUCGCACAUUUCAGGAAAGAGCUCGUUCCCCUUUCGGAGCUCAUGUUCCAAAAGGUCCUGGACAAUGGAGACGCCGAGAAGACAAUGACCAUCAAGAUCUACGAGACUGUGGUCCAGCAGAUAUGGUCAUGUCUGCCUGGAUACUGCGAUUUACCUCUGGAUCUGCAAGAGUCGUUUGACAAUGCGUUUGCCGAGCAGCUGUCCAACCUCCUCUACCAACAGGUCGAGCUGCGGCUUGACGUGUGCAGAGCUCUGAGAACUCUGGUCGAGUCCAACCAGGCUAUAGCGUCAAUAGAAGGCCCCGAUGAUUUGCUGCUUCAGAGCCGUUUGUCGCAAGCCCAGGCCAAGAAGAAUCUUGAGUACCUCGGAAACACUGCGGGCAAUUUCCUCGCCGUGCUGUUCAACGUCUACAGCCAGACAUUACCACAAACCCGCGGACCGAUCCUUCAGACCAUCAACGCAUACCUCAGUAUCACACCCGCAAAGGAGUUGGAAGAGACAUUCGACCGUCUGUGCAAGAUGCUUGCCACCGAGCUGGAGGAGGCUGCUGGCAAGCCGGCUGGGCAAAAGGCUCAAGAAAGCGGGGACAAGGUACCAUCAGCGUCACACACCUUCAUGGAUCUCGUCGUGACCAUGUCGAUUUACCUUCCCCGGACAAGUUUCACCGCUUUGUUCAACAUGGCCUCUAUAGUGGUCUUCAAGAAUGAGGACCCUCAGCUACAGAAAAAAGCCUACAAGCUGAUACCACGACUCGCCGAAUCUCCGAUUGGUCAAGAGGCACUCAAGGAACGUCACCAGGAGCUUCAGACGCUCUUGUUGUCCAGUGCCGAAAAGGUCUCAGCCCCAGCAAGACGUGAGAGACUGGCCGCCAUCAGUGCCCUUCUGCCUUUCAUCCCUGCCACCUCAUUACACUUUAUCCCCUCCAUAGUGCCCGAGGUCAUCAUUGCAUGCAAGGAACAUAACGAACGUGCAAGGAACACCGCGUUUGAUCUGCUUGUUCAAAUUGGGCAGAUUAUGGUGGCAGAAAAGGGUGCGACAAUCAACAACAGCAAGGUGCCACAUAUGCCAGACGACGCUCCGCCUGCUACUGCAAGCAUCGAGGAGUUCUUCACCAUGCUGGGCGCUGGACUGGCAAGUCAUACUCCGCAUGUCAUGUCAGCGUCUGUGACUGCCAUCACACGAGUUCUGUUCGAGUUCCACACCGAAGUGAGCCAGGAGACUCUCGAUGAUGUUGUUAAGACCGUCGAGCUGUUCCUCACGUCAAACAACCGGGAACUGGUCAAGAGCAUCUUGGGAUUCGUCAAGGUGUGCAUCACUAGCCUGCCCGUGGAGAUGAUGAUGCCCCGCCUUCCUUCCCUCAUCCCGUGCAUCAUGACGGCAAGCCACGAGCACAAGGGACAUUUCCGGUCCAAGGUCAAGCACAUCAUGGAGAGGCUGGUCAGGAGAUUUGGAUUCGACACCGUCAACAAGUAUACCCCUGAGGCAGACAAGAAGCUCAUCACGGGCAUUAGGAAGACGAAGGAGAGGAGCAAGAAGAAGAAGGAGGCUGCCAAGGAGAAUGGUGAUGAUGCCGAUGAUGGCGCACACGGCAAGAGGAGAAACCAGUUCGAGAGCCAGUACGACGAGGCGUUGUUCGACAGCGACGAGGAUGAUAGCGGUUCGGAUGACUCGGAUGAUGACAUGGCUCGAGGGCGCGGCAAGGGCGGCAAGACCUACAUCGUCGAAGACGAGGACGAGCCGCUUGACCUGCUGGGCCGCAGCGCGUUGGCCAAGAUAUCAUCUACGAAGCCGCUCAAGAUGCGCAAGGCGGGCAAGACGAAAGCCAAGACCGACCUGGACGGCAAGUUGAUCUUGGGUCGGGAUGAUGAUGACGACAGGAUGGAGACUGAGGAUCCGGCAGAGGCCGAGGGUGGCGGCGUGGACGCCUACGUAGCUGCCCUCAAGGGCAAGGAUGCACCCAAGAAGGGUCUCAGGGGCAAGCUGAAGUGGAGCAACAAGAAGGGCCGGGACGAUGAGGAUGAGGAGAUGGAUGAUGGUGAGGAGGAGGUUGCUGUCGCGCUCAAGGGCAAGAGGGAUGCCGGCAGGGGUAGAGGAGGCGGUGGUGGUCGUGGCCGUGGCGGCAGGCCGGAUCGCAGCGCGAGGGGCGGAAAGGGUGGCAUCGCAGCUGGGCGAAGAGGGCUCGGCGAAGGCAAACAACGUGGACCGGCUGCUGCUGGUGUCGGGAAGCGAAGCCCUGGAAAGGGAAGGAGAUAG